GGGCCAGGCUGCAGCCGGCCAGGCAAGAUGGCUGCCGUCGAGGCCGACAUGGGGUCGAUGACCCUGGAGUCGCUGCCCACCGAUCCGCUGCUGCUCAUCUUGUCCUUCUUGGAUUACCGCGACCUGAUCAAUUGUUGCUACGUCAGUCGAAGACUUAGUCAGCUAUCAAGUCACGAUCCACUGUGGAGAAGACAUUGCAAGAAAUACUGGCUAAUAUCUGAGGAAGAGAAAACACGGAAGAAUCGGUGCUGGAAAUCUCUCUUCAUAGAUACGUACUCAGAUGUAGGAAGAUACAUUGAUCAUUAUGCUGCUAUUAAAAAGGCCUGGGAUGACCUCAAGAAAUACUUGGAGCCCAGGUGUCCUCGGAUGGUUUUAUCUCUGAAAGAAGGUGCUCGUGAGGAAGACCUGGAUGCUGUGGAGGCUCAGAUUGGUUGCAAGCUUCCUGAUGACUACCGGUGUUCAUACCGGAUCCACAAUGGGCAGAAGUUAGUGGUUCCUGGGUUGUUGGGAAGCAUGGCACUGUCAAAUCACUAUCGCUCUGAAGAUUUGCUGGAUGUUGAUACUGCGGCCGGAGGAUUCCAGCAGAGACAGGGGCUAAAAUACUGUCUGCCUUUAACAUUUUGCAUACAUACUGGCUUGAGUCAGUACAUAGCGGUGGAAGCUGCAGAGGGCCGAAACAAAAAUGAAGUUUUCUACCAAUGUCCGGACCAAAUGGCUCGGAAUCCUGCUGCUAUUGACAUGUUUAUCAUAGGUGCUACCUUUACGGACUGGUUUACGUCUUAUGUCAACAAUGUUGUAUCAGGUGGCUUUCCCAUCAUCAGAGACCAAAUCUUCAGAUAUGUUCAUGAUCCAGAAUGUGUAGCAACAACUGGGGAUAUUACUGUUUCAGUUUCCACGUCAUUUCUGCCAGAGCUCAGCUCUGUACACCCACCCCACUAUUUCUUCACAUACCGAAUCAGGAUUGAAAUGUCAAAGGACGCACUUCCUGAGAAGGCCUGUCAGUUAGACAGUCGCUACUGGAGAAUAACAAAUGCUAAAGGCGAUGUCGAAGAAGUUCAAGGACCUGGAGUAGUUGGUGAAUUUCCGAUCAUCAGCCCAGGUCGGAUAUAUGAGUACACAAGCUGUACCACGUUUUCUACAACAUCAGGAUACAUGGAGGGAUACUACACUUUCCAUUUUCUGUACUUUAAGGACAAGAUCUUUAAUGUUGCCAUUCCCCGAUUUCACAUGGCAUGUCCAACAUUCAGGGUGUCUAUAGCUCGAUUGUUUUGGUAAUUUGUGCCUUUCAAGGAAUUUGUCCAUUUCAUCUAAAUGUUGAAUUUAUUGGCGUAAAGUUUCACAAUAUUCCCUUGAUAUCCUUUUAAUGACUACAAGAGCUGUAGUCAUAUAUCCUCUUGUUUUUAGUAAUUUAUGUCUUUUUAUCACACAAUUGUCACUUUUAUUGACCACUUAAAGGAACAACUUUGAGUUUCACUGAUUUUUUUCCUCUGUUGUUUGCCCUUUUUUUUAUUUAUUGAUUUCUGCAGUUUUGAUUUCUUUCCUGCUUUGGGUUUAAUUGGUUUUUCUUAUAACUUUUUAAGCUAGAAGGUGAUUAUUAUUGGAUUAUUGAGUGUGGACUUGUUUCUAAACAUCGUUUAGCUGUAUUUCACACAUUUAGCUCAAUAUAUUCUCAAAUUUCCUUUGUAACUUUGUGACUUUAGAGAAAUGUUAAUUUCCAAACAUUAUCUUUUUGGUUAUUGAUUUUUAAAAUUGUGUGGCUUGAGAACUUACUCUGUAUUUCUAAUAUUUUUAAUGUUUUAUGGCCAAAAUUAUGUAAAGAAGUUAUAUAUCUUGGUAAAUGACCUUUAUGUAUUUGAAAAGAAUGUAUAUUCUGCUAUGUGGGGAAUUUACUCUAUAAAUGACAGGUCAAGCUGUUUGAUUAGUUGACAGAGUUUUUCAAGUUACCUAUACAUUUAUUGUUCUUGUCAUGGUUUUUGUUCUGUCAACCACUGAAAAAGAUGAUUGUUGAAUCUCCAACAAAAAUACGGCUGUGUCUGUUCUCUUACUCCUGUCAGGUUUGCUUCAUGUAUUUUGAAGUUUCAUGAUUUGUGGAAAUAUACUUACAUUGUUACACCUUUUUUAAGGAAAUACUUCUAUUAUCAUUAUGAAAUCACUCUCUUUAUCUCUGAUAACAUUCCUUGUCCUGAAGAUUAAAGUGCAUGUGAGGUUUGGUUUGGCAGCACUUGAGUUGGGUCAGCUUGAUGCUUCUGAUGUUUGUUUGCAGUGUUUGUCAGGGUGAGUGUAAAGUAGUCCAUGCAAGGACAGUGGCUCUUGAGCAUUGCAGUCUUCGUGGCCUCCUUAGAUGUGGAAAACUCAUGAAGGACUUCUAAGAACUCUGGUUUACAUGGCUUAUGUUGGUAUUUAUCAUAUUAAAAAUUAAAACUGAAAACAUUAUAUUUUCAAUUCCUUUUAAAAUUACAAUAAAUAAAUCUUCUGAAUGUUCA